AUGCUAAAAAAGGUUGAGGAUGCUUUCUACUUUCUAUCUCUAGGGUUUCUCUUCUGCAGCGAGUGUACUGUGAAAAUGGUGAGGCAGAAGAUUCAGAUCAAGAAGAUUGAUAACUUAACGGCACGUCAAGUGACCUUUUCAAAGAGAAGAAGAGGGGUUUUUAAGAAGGCUCAAGAACUCUCAACUCUUUGUGAUGCUGAGAUUGCCCUGAUUGUUUUUUCUGCCACCGGAAAACUCUUCCAUUAUUCUAGCUCAAGCAUGAUGCAACUAAUUGAAAGGCACAAAAGGCAAUCAGAGAACUCAAACAAAUUAGGACAACCAUCUAUCCAACUUCAGGAAAAUGAUAGCAAUGACGUGCUCAACAAGACGAUCAUGGAGAGGACUCGCGAGUUAAGGCAACUUAAGGGAGAAGAUCUCCAAGGACUUGACAUGGAUGAGUUGAUCAAACUAGAGAAAAGGGUACAAGGAGGACUAGACCAUGUCGUGGAAACAAAGAAUGACAAAUAUUUUAAAGAGAUCAGUUUGCUCAUGAAAAAGGGAUCUAAAUUAAGGGAAGAAAAUGCUAAGUUGAAACAGCAAGCAGAAAAAUCUGAAAGUACUGGAAAUGGUAUUGAGCAAAGCAAUUCAUCCGAGUGCAUCACCAAUUCUCACGACUCUGAUACUUACCUCAGGCUGGGCUUACCUUUCCCCAACUGA